UUCGCUCAUUCUCCAUAUCCAAAGUUCCAAACCCUAGACUUUCUAUACGUGAGACAGCAGUAGCGGCGGCUGUUGCUCAUUUCCUCGUCUUUCUUCAUCUUCUUCAUUUUCUUCUUCGAUCCCGAUAAACAUAGUGAAAAUUUUGAGUUAAACACAAAUGUCAUCCGAAUCACAAACCCCCAACCUACCCGUGGAAGACGAAGCCAAGGCCCAGAGCAAGAAAGCCGCCAAGAAAGAGGCCGCCAAACUUGAAAAGCAGCGCCGCCGCCAAGAAGCAGCCUCCGCCGCCUCUGCCUCUGUUGCUGGAAUUUCCGUAGGUGACACUCCCGACCCCCUCGCUUCCAACUACGGCGAUGUCCCUCUCCUUGAUUUACAGUCCAAAGAGGUCACCGGUCUCAAAUGGACGGACAUUGGGGCUUUGACCGAGGAUCUCAAGGACCAGAAGGUGUUGAUCCGAGGGCGAGCACAGACCAUUCGGGCCGUCGGCAAGAAUAUCGCCUUCUUGGUAGUCAGACAGAUGGGUUUCACUGUUCAGUGCGUCUUGACGGUGGCUCCUGAUCUAGUCAGUCGCCACAUGGUGAAAUACGCCACGGGAUUGAGCCGCGAGUCCCAUGUUGACAUUGAAGGGAUCAUUUCUGUCCCCGGCGUUCCCAUCAAGGGCGCUACACAACAGGUGGAAGUUCAAGUGAGGAAACUAUAUGGCAUUAGCAAGGCUGAAAAUCUACCAAUUAAUAUUGAGGAUGCUGCUCGAAGCGAAAGCGAAAUCGAGAAGGCUUUGCAGGCUGGAGAGCAGCUUGUUCGUGUUAAUCAGGAUACCCGAUUAAAUUAUAGGGUUCUUGACUUGAGAACCCCUGCUAAUCAAGCAAUUUUCCGCGUCCAGUGUCAAGUUGAAAACAUAUUUAGGCAGUUCUUGUUAUCUGAAGGUUUUGUUGGAAUCCAUACACCCAAAUUGAUAGGAGGCUCUAGUGAAGGUGGUUCAGCUGUUUUCAGACUGGACUACAAAGGGCAACCUGCAUGUCUGGCACAGUCACCUCAGCUUCACAAGCAAAUUGCAAUCUGUGGUGAUUUUGGGCGUGUUUUCGAGAUUGGUCCUGUUUUUAGAGCAGAGGACUCUUUCACUCAUAGACAUCUGUGUGAGUUUACAGGUCUUGAUGUUGAAAUGGAGAUCAAGGAACACUAUUUUGAGGUGAUGGAUAUUGUGGACCGGUUAUUCGUUGCAAUGUUUGACAGUUUGAAUGAGAAUUGCAAGAAGGAGCUUGAAGCUAUUGAGAGGCAGUAUCCAUUUGAACCUCUAAAGUACUUGCGAAAAACUUUACGACUUACAUUUCAAGAAGGGGUUCAAAUGCUCAAGGAAGCUGGCAUGGAAGUUGAUCCUUAUGGGGACCUGAACACAGAAGCAGAGAGAAAACUUGGCCAGCUAGUUCUGGAGAAAUAUGGCACUGAAUUUUACAUACUUCACCGGUAUCCUUUGGCUGUUAGGCCAUUUUAUACCAUGCCUUCCUAUGAUGAUCCAUUGUACAGUAAUUCAUUUGAUGUCUUUAUUCGAGGUGAGGAGAUCAUCUCAGGGGCUCAGCGUGUUCAUGUACCUGACUUCUUGGAAAAACGUGCGGAGGCUUGUGGCAUUGAUGUUAAGACUAUAUCAACAUAUAUUGAUUCCUUCCGGUAUGGUGCACCUCCACAUGGUGGGUUUGGAGUGGGUUUGGAGCGAGUCGUGAUGCUCUUCUGUGCUCUUAAUAAUAUUCGCAAAACAUCACUUUUCCCCCGUGAUCCAACCAGAAUUGCCCCAUGAUCAAGAUAUCGACUUGUUAGUGAGUCUCUUCCAGGCAGGCAGAUGUGAAAACAUAUCAAUUACUUUACUGCUUUUAGAAAACAACUGGUUGUACAUUUGAUAAUUGUUCUUGUCACAAUUUUGGGUCACUCUAUGUUUGAGAUAACCUACUAUGCAAUGCCUCUCCAUUCCUGGAAUAAAGGUAUCAAAUGGGUAUGAACUCAAAA